GAUCAUUAGUUUAGGGAAACAAGUGGACAGGGUAGUGCAAAUGGUUAUUUUUCUACAACAAGAUUUCUAUUAUGUAUUGCUAAUAAAGAUUGGAUUAGAACUUGGAAACCAAAAGGGUGACUUUCUUUAUGAAUAAUCCAAACAAAAAUUUGCAUAGGUUACAGACUUUGGCAGUGACUAUGAUCACUAUGUGAUCCACAUACGUUGAACACUAAAACCAAUCUCUAUCAUGGGGUGUCAUAAACUUUGAUAAUUUUCCAUUUUUAUUUUCUGAUCCAUUGAAUGUAAUCAGUCCAUGGUAAAUUUCCAAAUAGUGAAGACUACAUACAUUGUUUGGUGAAUAUAAAAAGGCGAAGGGAAGUUAAAGAUUGAUGCAGAAGUGAAGUGAGAGAAUGGAGGAGUUAAAGGAAAAGGUGAGUGAAAAGGAAACAGAGAAAAUAAAGUACAGAGGAGUAAGAAGGAGGCCAUGGGGAAAAUAUGCAGCAGAGAUUAGAGAUUCAGCUAGAAAUGGAGCUCGGGUGUGGCUUGGGACCUUUAACACUGCUGAGGAAGCAGCAAGAGCUUAUGAUCGAGCUGCCUUUGAAAUGAGAGGUGCUAUGGCCAUUCUGAACUUCCCACAUGAACAUCCUCCUUUUACUUCAUCAUCUAAAACUGAACAUGCUAAACAAGUUGUGGUAUUUGAGUGUCUCGAUGACAAAUUGUUGGAGGAACUCCUUGAUUGUGAUCACAAAAACAUGAAUCACAACUUCGCCAACUAGGAACAUAUAUGUUCCAACAUUUUUAAUCCUAGAUUGGUGUCUGUGCAGUGCUCCUGUUCAGUUAAAUCGACCAAUCGCGCCAAGUGCUUUUGUGGGGACUAUAAAAUUUGAGUCAUUUCACAUCACGUUAAUGUGAAGUGGAUAAAGUAGAGUUCGGUUAAGUUGGAAGGGAAUUCAAACUUUUUUUUUUGUACAAGUGACAUCGGUUUCAAUUAUUUAUCAGUUUUAUCGAUAAUUAAUAAUAAAUCAGAAAAAUUAUUAAGGGUUUCUGGUGACAUUUUUUCUCUAAUUAUGUUUUAUUGAUUUAUUUAUUUACCAAAAUUAAAUUCGAAACUUAGUCAAAUGUUAGUAACCAUAAUGGAGGCACAAUGAGUAUGCUUUCAUAAAAAAAAAAAAAAACACACACACACGACCAUAUUAGUGACCUCACGACCUAUCUUUUAGAAUAUUUUUCUAAUAAAUUGUUUGACCUACCCAUUGAGAAGGAAAUUUGAAUAUGAAAUGUUAAUUUAAUUUCGAUCCAAAAUAAAUGGGUUUU